UUGACAUUUUUUGUAUUCUGUGGCGCAGCGGUAGCAAAAAAUUUCAAAUUGUUUUGCUUGUGCAUAACCUAAAAACUGUGGUGCAAAAUAUUGUGUAUAAAUGAAAUGGUUUAAAAUUUGUAAAGAUGAACGCUAUAAAAUUGUUAGUUCAACGUCGUACAACUAAUUUGCUCGCCACUCGUGCUUAUGCGACUACAAAGAAGAAAAUACCGGAUCCAGAUGAAGAGGAACAAUUACCAAUUUUCCAGUAUCCAGUAAGCAAGAGUUCAGACAGAAGAGUCUAUGUAUGGGGUUUUGCGGAGACUGGUGCUCUGGGGAUUCACCUUCCUCGGGGCAAGAAGGGAAGGAAACAGUACAAACGGGAUUUCUCUCUGGUCUGGCAUCCAAUGAGGUCAUCUUUUGCAGAGAGGUUUGAUGUGACCCACAUAGCAUGCGGAUAUGGAUUCACUGUGGCGUCUAUAAAGACCGACGAGCAGCACAAAGUGUUUGGUACAGGCAUCAACACAGACUCGCAGAUUGGUUACCAUGCGCCGCGCAGGGGACAUCCACUGGAAUUACUGCUCAGUCCAGCUCCGAUUUACAUAUCGUAUAAGAGUAUAGAAACCAAGGUAAUAGGCGUCGCAGCAGGCCGCGCGCAUACUGUGAUAUUGACAGAUAACGAGGGCGCAUACACGCUAGGCAACAAUGCAUACGGACAGUGUGGUAGGAAAAUAAACGAGCGGGAGGAAUACAAAGGCAGCAUGGUGUCGCACAACAUCAGGACUCUCGGCAAGGAGAAUAUUACCGACGUGUGCUGCGGGCAAGAUCAUACUUUAUUCAUAACAGAGUCGGGUAAGGUGUACGCGUGCGGAUGGGGUGCGGACGGCCAGACGGGACUCGGCGUUUACACCAACCAGGCGGUGCCGGCCCCGGUCAAGGGCGACGUUACAAGCGAGAGGAUCGUGAAGGUUGCCUCCACUGGCGACUGUGUGCUGGCUUUGAAUGAUAAAGGCGAGCUAUUCGGCUGGGGUAACUCUGAGUAUGGGCAGGUCCCGAUGGCAUCCAAACAACAGCAAGUCAACACAUCGUACUCUCUACUCGAGCUCACUAAGGGUUUGGGGAGGAUCGUCGACAUCGCAGCGGGAGGUUCUUUCUGUAUGAUUGUUAAUGAUCAAGGUGACGUGUUCGUUUGGGGCUUCGGUCUACUAGGGCUCGGUCCGAACGUCCAACAUGCGGCGAAACCAAAGCUAAUACCUCCAACGCUCUUUGGACGCAAUGAGUUCAACCCAGAAAGUAUGAUCGUCAAAGUGGCCUGUGGAAUCGCGCAUCUAGCAGCCGUCACAAACAGUGGAGAUUUGUACAUGUGGGGGAGGAACAGGCAGGGCUGUUUGGGCCUUGGACAUAUGAAAGACCAGCAGUUUCCGCUGAAAGUGUCCAUCGGAGCCCAUGUUUUGGAUGUAGCGUGUAGUGUUGAUCACUCUGUGGCUUUUUGCAAGCCGUUUAUGUAAAUUAAGUGUUAAGACUGUUAAUUUAUGAAUAAAUAGUUGAAUUUA